CCGUCGCAAUCAACCCAACAACUCUGGGGACUCGACUUGGAUUCUCCCUGAUCUUUUCCCCCUCCCUCAACCUUCUUCCCCAUACAUCCUCCCAAAACAGAUACCCUAACGUCACUAUGUCAACAACAGCAGGCGCCUUCAUAGCCGGCGGCAUCGCAGCCUGCGGCGCCGUAACCGCCACGCACCCCUUCGAGACCGUCAAGAUCCGCAUGCAACUCCAGGGCGAGCUCCAAUCCUCUACCUCCUCCCCUCACUUCUACCGGGGUCCGAUCCACGGUGUCUCCGUGAUCGUGCGCAACGAAGGACUGGGCGGCAUCUACCGCGGUAUCGGGUGCGCGUACAUCUACCAGAUCCUCCUGAACGGAUGCCGCCUGGGGUUCUACGAGCCGAUGCGACAUGCGCUUGCGACCACGCUCUUUAACGACGCAAAGACCCAAAACCUGGGCAUCAACAUGUUUGCCGGCGCGGCGAGUGGCAUCAUGGGCGCCAUGGCGGGGUCACCCUUCUUCUUGGCCAAGACGAGGUUGCAGAGCUAUAGCCCCUUUUUGCCGGUCGGCACGCAGCAUCAGUACAAGAACGCCUGGGACGGGUUGACGAAAAUCUACAAGGGGGAGGGUGUGAAGGGGUUGUACAGAGGUGUGGGGGCGGCCAUGAUUAGGACGGGCUUUGGAUCUUCGGUGCAGCUCCCCACGUACUUCUUUGCGAAGAGGCGGUUGGUAAAACACUUGGGCAUGGAGGAGGGGCCGGCGCUGCAUUUGGCGAGUAGUACGGCGAGUGGAUUUGUGGUUUGCGUGGUGAUGCAUCCUCCUGACACAAUCAUGUCCCGCCUCUACAACCAAAACGGUAACCUGUACAAGGGCGUCUUCGACUGCCUGGCCAAGACCAUCCGCGCCGAGGGUUUCUUCGCCAUCUACAAGGGCGUCAUCCCCCAUCUUACCCGCAUUCUCCCGCACACCAUCCUGACCCUCAGCUUGGCCGAGCAGACCACGAAGCUGGUCAAGAAGCUGGAGGACAAGAUUCUUGGACCCGAGACCCGGGUCCUAUAGACGAGCGCACGAGUUCUAUAGUCUCUUGAGACUGUUCCAC